AUGCCACUGAAUAAAAUUAAAUCACAACCAUAUUCUGGUUAUUAUAAUCAUAAAAAAUCUGAAGGUCAACCUUAUUACGGUUAUUAUUCUGGUUUUACAGCUGCUUCUGCUCAAAUUCAUAAUUUAGCGAAAUCAUAUACUCAAAAUGUUUAUGAUAAUGAACAACAAGCUGCACAAUCGGGUGGUGUUUCAAGACAUGAUACUACCAAAACACAACAAUCCUUACAUGGUGUUAAUCCAAUUUUUGAUAAAACCGAUCCUACACUAGAUCCAGAAUCACCUAAUUUUUCAUCAAAAAGAUGGGUUCAAAAUAUGUGGAGAUUAUAUCAAUCUGAUUCUGAGUAUUAUAAACCUGGUAAACUAGGGGUAGCAUAUAAAAAUUUAAGAGUUUAUGGAGAUGCUAUUGAAUCUGAUUAUCAAACUACUGUAUCGAAUGGUUUUAUAAAAGCCGCAAAGUGGGUGAAAAAUAAAGUACAAAAACAAACUGAUGAUUAUACUUUUGAUAUUUUGAAACCAAUGGAAGGUUUAAUUAAACCUGGAGAAGUAACUGUUGUUUUAGGUAGACCAGGUGCUGGAUGUACUACAUUUUUAAAAACAAUUGCAUGUCAUACUGAAGGUUUUAAAGUUGCUGAUGGGUCCAUAAUUUCAUAUGAUGGUAUUACUCCAGAAGAUAUGAAGAAAAAUUUAAGAGGUGAAGUUGUUUAUUGUGCAGAAACUGAAACACAUUUCCCAAAUUUAACUGUUGGUCAAACUUUAGAAUUUACAGCAAUGAUGAAAACUCCAAGAAAUAGACCAUUGGGAGUUUCUCGAGAACAAUAUGCAAAACAUUUAGUUGAUGUAGUUAUGGCUACAUAUGGUUUAUCACAUACAAAAAAUACAAAAGUUGGAAAUGAUUUUACAAGAGGUGUUUCCGGUGGUGAAAGAAAAAGAGUUUCAAUAGCUGAAGUUUCAUUGGUGCAGGCAUCAAUUCAAUGUUGGGACAAUUCUACUAGAGGUUUAGAUGCAGCUACUGCUUUGGAAUUUAUAAGUUCUUUAAAAACAUCAGCAUCAAUUUUAAAUGAUACUCCAUUAAUUGCAAUUUAUCAAUGUUCACAAGAUGCUUAUGAUUUAUUUGAUAAAGUUAUUGUCAUGUAUGAAGGUUAUCAAAUCUUCUUUGGAAGUUCACAACGUGCUGCUAAUUAUUUUAAAAAAAUGGGUUAUGUAUGUCAAGAAAGACAAACCACACCAGAUUUCUUAACUAGUAUAACAAAUCCAGCUGAAAGAAUUGUUAAACCAGGAUUUGAAAGAUUAGUACCUAGAACUCCAAAAGAAUUUUAUAGAUAUUGGAGAAGAUCACCAGAAAGACAAGCAUUAUUGGAAGAAAUUGAUGAACAUUUGGAUAAUUGUGAAAAUUAUGAUCAAAAGCAAGAAAUUUUUGAAGCAAUGAUUGCCAAAAAAUCAAAACAUACUCAUCAUAAAUCUCCAUAUACUGUUUCAUUACCAAUGCAAGUCAGAUAUAUAAUUAAACGAAAUUAUGCUCGAAUGAAGGGUGAUCCAUCCCCUACUGUUUUAACAAUUUUGGGUAACGUUGUAAUGAGUUUAAUUUUAUCAUCGGUGUUUUAUAAUUUACAACCUACAACUGGUUCAAUUUAUUAUCGUACUGCAGUUAUGUAUUAUUCAUUAUUAUUUAAUGCUUAUUCAUCAGUUUUAGAAAUUUAUACAAUGUAUGAAGGUAGACCAGUUGUUCAAAAACAUAAAGAAUAUGCUUUAUAUCCACCAAUGUCAGAUGCAAUUGGGUCUAUUAUUGGGGAAUUGCCUAUUAAAGUUGUUUCAUCGAUUUUAUUCAAUGUUAUUAUGUAUUUCAUGGUUAAUUUUAAAAGAGAACCUGGUGCGUUCUUUUUUUACCUCCUUAUCAACUUUUUAAGUACAUUAUUUAUGUCACAUUUAUUUAGAACUAUUGGAGCUUUUACAAAUACAUUGGCUGAAGCAAUGACACCUAGUUCCAUCUUAUUAUUUGCAAUUUCAACAUUUACAGGGUUUGCUAUUCCCAUAACAUAUAUGUUGGGUUGGUGUAGAUGGAUACAUUGGAUUAAUCCAUUAGCAUAUGCAUAUGAAGCUUUAAUUGCAAAUGAAUUUCAUGGACGAGUUUUUAAUUGUUCAGAUUUGGUUCCUUCAGGUUUUGGAUAUCCAACUUCUGGUCCAUCAGUAGUUUGUGGAACAAUGGGUGCGAUGCCUGGCUCUUAUGUUGUAAAUGGUGAUGUUUAUAUUUCACAAGCUUUUAGUUAUUAUUGGUCUCAUGCAUGGAGAAAUUUUGGAAUUUUAUUAGCUUUUGUUAUACUUUUAUUUUUUACAACUAUAUUUUUAGUUCAAUUUAAUAGAUCAAGUGAAUCAAAAGGUGAAAUAUUGGUGUUUAAAAAGCGUGAUAUUCAUCAAAUGAGAAGAGAUGAUGAAGAAAAAUGUAUGGAAGAUUCAGAUUCAAAUAAUCAAAUGCAUCCAUUAGAAUUUAGUGGUAGUACUGAAUAUUCAGAUUAUUCUUAUGAUUUUAUGGACCGAAAAUUGUUGGAAACUGAAAAUAUAUUCCAUUGGAGAAAUUUAUCAUAUACUGUUCAAGUUAAAGGUGAAGAACGAGUAAUUCUUAAUGAUGUUGAUGGAUGGGUUAAACCUGGUGAAGUUACUGCAUUAAUGGGAGCUUCAGGUGCUGGUAAAACUACAUUAUUAAAUGCUUUGAGUGAUCGUUUAACUACUGGUAUUAUUACUUCAGGUUCACGUAUGGUUAAUGGUGGUCCAUUGGAUGAUUCAUUUCAAAGAUCAAUUGGUUAUGUACAACAACAAGAUUUACAUCUUGAAACAAGUACUGUUCGAGAAGCAUUGAGAUUUUCUGCGUAUUUAAGACAACCGUCUUCAGUUUCAAAAGCUGAAAAAGAUGCUUAUGUUGAAAAAAUUAUUGAAUUGAUGGAAAUGGAAUUUUAUGCAAAUGCAAUUGUCGGUGUUCCUGGUGAAGGUUUAAAUGUUGAGCAAAGAAAAAGAUUAACUAUAGCUGUUGAAUUAGUUGCAAGACCAAAAUUAUUGGUUUUCCUUGAUGAACCUACAUCUGGUUUAGAUUCACAGACUGCUUGGAGUAUUUGUAAAUUGAUUAGAAAAUUGGCAAAUCAUGGUCAAGCUAUAUUAUGUACCAUUCAUCAACCAUCAGCUAUUUUAUUGGAAGAAUUUGAUCGAUUAUUAUUUUUACGUAAAGGUGGUGAAACAGUUUAUUUUGGAGAAUUUGGACCAAAUUGUUCAACAUUGAUAAAUUAUUUUGAAUCUCAUGGAGCUCCAAAAUGUCCACAUGAUGCUAAUCCAGCUGAAUGGAUGUUGCAUGUAAUUGGUGCAGCACCAGGAUCACAAGCAAAUCAAGAUUACUUUCAAGUUUGGAGACAAUCUAGAGAAUACUUAUCAAUACAACGUGAAUUAAAUAGACUUGAAUCAAAACCAGAAUUGAAAACAGUUAAAGAAUUUGAUUAUAAUAAAUCGUAUGCUGCCUCAUUAUGGAUUCAAUACAAGAUUGUAUUGAUUAGAUUAUUUCAACAAUAUUGGAGAACACCAAGUUAUAUUUAUUCUAAAUUUGCAAUGGCUGUUUUUUGUUCAUUAUUUAAUGGCUUUACAUUUUUCAAAUCUAAAAAUUCUAUUCAAGGUCUUCAAAAUCAAAUGUUGUCAAUUUUUAUGAUUUUUGUUGUUAUGACUACACUUGCUCAGCAAUACGUUCCUUUAUUUGUUUCACAACGUGACUUAUAUGAAGCUAGAGAAAGACCAAGUAAAGCAUUUUCAUGGAUUGCAUUUAUUGCUUCACAAAUUACAGCAGAAGUUCCAUAUCAAAUUGUUGCAGCUGCUAUAUCAUAUUUUGUAUGGUAUUAUCCUGUUGGAAUGUAUAGAAAUGCUACUUCAUCUACUGACGUACAUAAUCGUGGUGCAUUGAUGUGGUUUGUUAUGACUUUGAUGUUUAUAUACUCAAGUACAUUGGCCCAAUUAUGUAUAAGUUUUAAUCAAAUUGCAGAAAAUGCAGCAAAUGGAAUUUCAAUAUUGAUAACAAUUUGCCUUACAUUUUGUGGUGUUAUUGCAACGAAAGAUUUUAUGCCUCGAUUUUGGGUAUUUUUAUAUCGUGCUAAUCCAUUUACAUAUUUAACUUCUUUGAUGUUAUCUGUUGGUGUUGGUAAUUCAGAAGUUAGAUGUGCAGAAAAUGAAUAUCUUGUAUUUCCACCUGGACAACCUGGACAAAAAUGUAGAGAUUAUUUAGGUGCUUAUAUAUCCUUAGCAGGUGGUUACCUUGUUAAUCCUGACUCAACUGAGUCUUGUCAAUUUUGCAAGAUGGAUAGAACAGAUCAAUAUUUAAAUUCAAUUGGAAUAUCUAGACAUAAUAUAGGUAGAGAUAUUGGUAUUUUUAUUGCUUUUAUAAUUAUAAAUAUGAUUGGGACAUUUAUCUUAUAUUGGUUAUUUAGAGUUCCAAAAGGUAAUAGACAAAAAGGAGAAGGAGGAAAACGAAGCAGAAUAACAGGUAAAUUGAAUGUUUUGUAUAAUUAUUUUGGUGGUAGUGCUUAUAAUGAUGAAAAGAUGUAA